AUGCAAGCAGAGGAUUCUUCAGGUGCACAAUUACAACAAAAGUCACCCCAGGCGAAGCAGCAUUGGCGGAGAAGAAGUGCUCUUGUGAGUUUACGUGAUCUGUCUCCAACUGGUGAAGCCUACACAAAUGAAAACGAUGACACGUUUCAUGAAGUGGAAAUUCAGUACCCCACGGAAUCGUCGUGGAGGGAAAGAGGACGUUUUCGGUUUUGGCGGAAGCGUCUUCUUUUUGCAGUAAUUGUUUGCUUCCUCAUGCUAUUUAUUAUUUUCGCAAUAAUUAAGACGAAAGGUUUUGGAAAAUAUCCCCUGUUUAAAAAGAGAAAACCUUUAUUUCCAGAGUCGGGAUUCUUCAACGACUCUUUAUUGCCUUUUCACAUAUCUGUUUCAUGGCUUUUGCUUCCUAACGGAGAAAGCGUAUUUUACGACAAACACAGUCCAACGGCUAAGCUUGUUUUUCCAAAUGGAACCGUGCUAUUUGAAGCCCCUACGCUCACGUCUUUCGUUCAGAAUGAGGACUCAGUAGACGAAUUUUUUGAAAUUUCUUUCUCGAGUGAUGCCCGAUAUGUGCUUUACAAGUUUGAAAAGAGAAGAAGAUGGCGGUAUUCGUCUUACAUGUACUUUUUCUUGCUUGAUGUUGAACGUCAAGAGUUCACUCCAUUCCACACAGAAUUUGGCGACGUAUUUCUAAACGCGUUGUGGUCUCCUGUAGGGCAUCGUCUUGCUUUCGUUGCCGACAGAAACGUGUAUAUCUGGCACGACGUUGGUAAAGCUAUCGAAAACGUGACAAAGGAUACACCAGAGAGUAACAUAUUCAAUGGUGUCCCUGACUGGAUGUAUGAGGAAGACAUUGUUCAACGGGACCAUACACUGUGGUGGUCACCCGACGCUUCAAAGCUGGCGUUCCUUCAGAUUAACGAUUCUCUUGUUCCGUCAUACGCACCUCCGUCCUUCAGUGGUUUAUCUUCGAUUGUAGGCGAGAAUGAUCUGAGUAAAUACGCUGAUGCCUUAUAUGCCUACCCUGUGCCUGGGAGCACCAUUCCCGAUGCCGUUGUAGUGGUUCAUCACGUUUCUGAGCACACUUCCUCGGCUCAAAAAGCCGUCUCGUAUGGCUUUCUGCGAAAAGAGCGCUAUAUUACAGAAGUUGCAUGGACUGAUUCGGAUCAUUUAGUGUACAGUGAACUGAAUCGUGAUAGCAGCCAACGUGUUACCAUGCUUCUAGACUUUGUUGCAGUUGAAGAAAAAGUUGUUCAAAAAGAAGUAAAGUUCCGUCAUGGUUGGUUGGAACCACAGACUGGCCUUGCUUAUCUUCCGCCAGAUUCAAGGUUGGGACGUUCUGAAGGUUAUGUUCGUUUAGUCGCAUAUGAGUUUGGCUAUUCUCUUGUAUUUUAUGAUUUUUCCACACAAAAGUCCACCGUCUUAGUUGAAGCACAGGGCUUUAGUAUUCUCGAGCCACUUGUUGCUUCUUCCGAUGGCUUGAACCUUUUCUUUACUAUUUUAGAAGAAGGCGGCACAACCAAGUUGAUGAGAUAUUCGUUUAUUGACAGCGCUCUUCAUUCUUUACUUCCUAGUAAAAGAGCCGGAGCAUAUACGUUUCAUUUAUCACCUUGCACUAAUUAUGUUCAUGUCGCAUAUGAUGGUCCGGGUGUUCCUUGGCAGCGUAUAUACGAAACACUUACCAUGCAUCAAACGCUUAGUCUAGAGGAGAAUGAACAGCUUUUGGAGAUUACAAGCAAAUAUGCGUUUCCAGAAAAACGCGUUUACCGCCCGAAUUUUAAGUAUGAGUCGGUGAAUGUGGAAGAAAUUUUGCCUCCUAAUUUCAAUAAAAGAAAAAAGUACAGGACGCUCUUUCACAUAUAUGGUGCGCCGGGCGUACCUAUCGUUACGCAUGGUUUUGAAAUGGACAUAAACGAAUACCUUGCUGCGUACCUCAAUAUUAUCGUUGUGAAAGUUGAUUUCUUGGGCGAACUUGCUACGUCUGGAGGUAUAAAGCAUCUUUCUCGGACUUCUCCUUUUGAGUUGAUUCAAUCCUGGAUUGAUGUUUUAGACAAAAUUAGCUCGAAGUCGUAUAUCGACCGGUCUAACAUAUCCAUUUGGGGAUGGAGUUUUGGGGGUUAUCUCUCAUUAAAACUUGCUGAAACUGGGAACUUGUUUAAGUCAGUAUUUGUUGUUUCACCAGUUACGGAUUGGUCUCGCUAUAGUUCUUUUUACACGGAAAAAUACCUGGGCCUCUAUAAUGAUGACAACCGAAAGAGUUAUGAGCAAGCAGCUAUUCACGUUGACUCAUCUAUACGUUCUCUAAAAAAUCUGUAUGUUGUUCAAGGACUGUCUGAUGACAAUGUCCACGUCGAGCAAACGGCCUUGUUGGCAAACUCUUUAAUGGAGCAUGAACAAUAUUCCCAUAACGUGAUGUAUCUAAAUCAGGAAGCCCAUGAAUUUACUGGAGAGGGAAUGAAACACUUGAGAGGAAUAAUGGUUAAUUUUUUGAGUUCAUAA